AUGGAAGAAAAUAAGGAAAAUAUUUAUGUAAUUAACUCAAGCCUCCAGGAACCCGAUAACGUUACAAUACCUCCAGAUGCAGAAAGAAGAUAUGAAGUGACAGCUUCCCAAGAGAAUGAUACUGGCGACGGGGCAGCUGUUCUCCCAGACCAUAAUACCUCACAAAAUUUGUUCCCAGAGAGUCCUGUAUAUGAACCAGAGGAUGAUGUUCAAGUUAUUUCUAGUGCAACUGAAACUGAGGAAAAUAACUUACCAUCAUCAGAAUUACCAGAAGAACCAUCAACCUCUCAACCUAAAAGAAAGCUUUCUGAGGAGGCUUCAGAAAGCAGCGCAAAGAUCCAAAAACUUGAGCUCACCGAAGAUGAGUUUGCAGUAUCCACCCAAUCUUUGGAUAAUGAAGUAUCUGAGAUCACUACAAACGCUGAAAAUGAUAUUACCGAAAUUAGUAGCGUGGCAAAACGAAGGUUGGAGGACCUGGAACUACCAUCUACCUCCAAUGUUCGCUCUCCUGUUAGAUCGAGUCCUAGAAGGCUCAAACGUAGCAACAGUGUGGAUAUAUCACAACCUAAAAUACCAAAGACUCCAAAAACUCGACCUGCUAGCGUGGACAUCCUUAAAGCUCGAAAAACACCUCGCAAAAUAGAGAAAGAAAUAGCCAAAGAUGAGCCAAAAGAAACAAUAGCUGAUAGUUCAUCAAGCUCACGUCCAAGUGUUGAGUUUGUAAGUGAAAUACCUCCACCCAAAAUUCCUGAAACUAUCGCUGAAGAAAGCAACUCGGAGUUAGAUGAUUCUCAAGGGUUUCAUCUCGUAUUAUCACAGUCUCCUGAGCAUGAAAGUAACACGAAAAUAGUGUUGACACAGUGCAACAGUGACCCUGUACUUGUAAAAGACAGAAAUGACGAUAUCAGUACAGAGAAAGUCAGUGCCACUAGGAGUGAGGGCUACAUUUAUUCUGAUCAAGGCAACUUCUCUCAACCAAAGUCAAAAGACUAUAACCUCGGUAAGGGCACAGAUCAAGAAAGCACUGACAGUGUUGGUUCUAUAAAUUUGGAGAGUCCUGAAUCUGUACCUACUGUUGCUUCAAAACUCAUUUCUAAACUCUCCAAUGGUAAUUCCUCUACUCCUACCGAAGUAGUAGAUGCCAAGGUUGGUACUUCAGGAGAUAGUGAAAAUACUCCAGAUAUGAUCAAAAUGAAUAUAACCAAAGGUAAAAGAAACAAGCACGAUUCCUUCCGUUUAAGCAACGAUGCAACCCCAUCUACGAUAUCUCCUUUGCCAAAUGGUCACUCGUUACCAGUCUCGACACCCCAGAUCCCAGUCUUUGAUGUACACAUCAGUCAUAACGAAGACAACGAUUUCUUAUCUCUGUAUGUUGUGCGUACUGAUAUCGAUUUAGGCAUGGAUAUGUGUCGGGAAUACCAGAGAAUGUCCAAAAGGUUCACUAUUGAUCCAUACUUGGCUGAUGUGUCUGCAAGCACAUCUCCUUCAAGUGUCACAAGCGGUGGUAUGAUUAAUUUGCCAAAUAGAACGUCCUUUGUUUCUACUGUAAGUUCAACAUCUACCGCCAGUAACAGGACAAGUGAUGGAGCGUUUGUAGUGCCACAACCACCGCGGAAAUCCAUCGCAAACCCAACAACUACGGUCAAGGGAUAUGAUGCUUUAUUGAAGAAGCUUCAAGACCUAUUUUCACAUAUCCGUGAUACUACCGUCGACGAAGGUAGCGAUGAAAAAGUGUCUGUCGGUAUUCAGACAUCCGGUUCUAAUGAUAGUACGUUCAGUAACGGCAAUGCGAGUCCUGAAGAAGUAAAUAAAUGUGACAAAGCAACUCCUAAGAGCUCUUUGAAGAAAACACGUGUUCGUGGACGACGGCAUUUAGCCGGGAAAACUAAACGAGCAUUACUGCCAACGCAACACGAGGAAGCAGAGUACAUGCAUGGAAUGAAUUCCCCAGAAAUGGUGCCAACCAAUGGGGAAAGUGGCAAAGAGUCUCCAGUCAAAUCACCUAAAGAUGAAAAACCCUUGUCUACUUUAGUUGCUACACCUAAAUCGAUUAGCAAACUAAAGACCAAGCGCCGACCAACGUCUCCUAGACCUGCGACGCCUGUAGAAAAGGCUCCUGUAAAGACUGAAUAUCCUGGAUACCCUCCUGAUACUGUGGUAUUGGCCAAAUGGGUGGACAAAAGUUAUUAUUCAGGCAAAAUAUUGGAAAUUACUGAGCCAAACAAAUAUUUGGUCAAAUUUGAUGAUGGUCAAGUCAAGGUGUUGUUGGAUGACUUCAUAAUUUUUGGGGACAUGAAGACAUUACCUCUAGAAGGACAAUCUGUGUAUGCUUUGGUGGAUGAGGAACAGAAUUACGAGCCAGGUUUGGUUCUUGGUGUAGAAGAGAAUGAUAGUGGAACUGUGAUAUAUAAAUGCACUACAGAUGGGGACACCAUAGUAAUGGUAACAGCGAGUGAGCUUUAUCUCACGGAAGACCAGGCCCGUUCAUUGAAGGAGUCGGCUGGGACUGGUACACCAUCAACACCGACUACUCCACGCCGAAGACACAACCGAGAGCUGGACCUCGAUAACAUCAUACAGGGUCCACGCAGCGCCCGCACCAGGGACAAGGGCAGUUCGAGCGCCAGGAAACGUGUCGUGUCCCCAAAGAGCCCCAAAGCGUCUACAUCAGGUUUAAAAACCAGUAAGAGUACUCCAGGUCCGGUGGCUCGGAAGCGUCUUGCGAGCGAAAGUAGCGAGAUCAGUGAGAGCAGCAACUCAGCCCCACCUGUGAGGCUGGAGGAGGUGACCGGCGUGGAGCCGGAGGUACAGCGGACUCCGAGGAAGAUUGACGGCGUCAAAGCCGGUCCUUUACAAUUAAAAGGCGCUGCCAAACAAAACAUAGGCAAGAAAAACUCCAAGUUGACGAAGUUUGAGAAUGACGUGGACACUGUGUCAAUCCUCGGGCCAAUACCGGGGCCGGACAGCAAGCUGUUCGCCGGGCUGCACUUCUUGCUAACGUGCACCGAACCACCCAAACGUUCACGUGAUAAGAGCCAAAAUCAAGAAACCCGCCACUAUUCUUCAGAGGAAGACGGCGAGGCGAGCUCGGUAGCUGGUACAGAUACCGAAGACUUAGUGUUCUGUGACCGACCCUUCAAUAAAGAACGGCUCAAAGAACAGAUCGAGGCUGGCGGAGGGAUUGUUUACAGCCACUUCGACGACGUGCCCCGGAGCAAGUACAGCGUGUGCAAGCUGAUCGCGCCGCGGCCCUGCCUCACGGCCAAGUACAUCCAGUGCCUGGCCACGGACAUCCGGCCCGUGUCGCACGGCUGGGUCAUCGCCUCGUGCGCGGCCGGCGCGCUCGCCGACCUCGACUCCUUCGCGCUGCCCGCCGGCUGGUCCAUCCUCAAGCAGAGGUUCAUCAACUGGGUGCCGGCGCACGGGCGACGCAGCGGGUUCCUGAAGGACAAGCUGAUCCUGCUGUGCAGCGAGCAGGACUCGUUCGUGAAGUUCUGGGCGCGCGUGUGCGGGCUGGCGGGCGCCGUGCCUCGCGCCGUGAGCGAGGACGAGCUGGAGCUGGGCGGCGCGCUGGCGCUCGUCACGGAGUGGGACGCGUGCCCGCACGAGGUGCAGAACAAGGCCAACCAGGACAGCGUGCCGCUCGUGUCCACGGCCUGGCUCGUGCAGUGCCUCAUCGAGGCGCGCGUGCUCGCGCCCGCCAGCCACGACAAGUUCUCCUUCAUGUACACGGAGCCCGAAUGA